AAGGGCCAAGCCCAGGUUUAGCCCUUCAUUCCACUCCUCUCUGCUUGCGCCCUUUUCCUCCUCCCCGGGCAAAUUCUCUGCUUGGGCAUUACGUCGAACAGCUUGCGAACAAGGCUGAAACUCGUCACCCGCAGAUCGGAGGCAUGAAUCUGUUCGGUAACGCGGUUCCAUGGAGAAGCAUCGCCAGAGAAGCGCUCGACCGCACCGCGAUCGUGGCGAAGUUCCUGUGCUUGCUCCACGUCACCAACACCUACGUCUGCACUCCUACUCUCGUCUACGGCCCGAGCAUGCUCCCGACUCUGAACCUGACCGGCGACGUGUUGCUGGCCGAGCGCGUGUCGCACCGGCUGGGGAAGGUGGGGCCCGGGGACGUGGUGCUGGUGAGAUCGCCGGUGGAUCCCAGAAAGUCCCUCACCAAGCGCGUCGUGGCCAUGGGAGGCGACGAGGUCACCUUCGUCGUCGAUCCUCGCAACAGCGAACGGGUUCGCACGAUCGUGGUGCCAAGGGGACACGUAUGGAUUCAGGGCGACAAUAUCUACGCAUCGAGUGAUUCGAGGCAAUUUGGCCCUGUUCCUUAUGGUCUCAUCGAAGGCAAAAUGUUAUGCAGGGUAUGGCCACUUGAUGGAUUUGGAUCGCUGAAUCACUGACUCUAGCGCGUCGUGGAAAACCCAUCUUCAUUGUGGGAGCAACUGGCUGAAGGCGAGUUAUUGCAGAGGAACAAAGUGUGUAAACUGAAGUUUGAAACAGACAUAUUGCAAAAUUUGUGGUGAAUCUGAGGAAACUUUUUGGUGAAUGAGUUAUGCCUUCUUUUACAGUGAAGAUUCA